GUCUUGUGAGCAGUGCAUGGCUGAGUGUGAAACCAUAGAACGAUUUGAAGGCGCGGAGCGGGACUCUCAUCGCAGGCAUGGGUCGACGCUCGUCUGACAGCGAGGAUGACACCCGCAGCAGCAGGAGGAGGAAAAAACAGCGCCGCCGCUCGUCGUCCUCCUCGUCCUCCUCCUCGUCCUCCUCCUCCUCGGGCAGCAGGGUGAGGAGCAGCCGGAGCAGGAGGUCCAGCCGCCGCCGCAGCCGCUCCAGAGACCGGAGGAGACGAAGACGUUCAAGCAGCAGCUCGUCCCACAGUUCAUCCCGCCGAAGGAGGAGUCGAAGCGCCGAGAGAGACAAAGGGAGGAGCCACCGCUCACACCGGUCACGCAGCCGGGAGAGAAGGUCUCACUCCCGGCACCGGCGGUCUCGCAGCAGAAGCGACAGUCACAGCCACAAAGGAAGCCGCAGCCGCAAGAAGAGCCGCAGCCACAGCAGAGACCGGGACCGGAGCCGCCGCAAGGGCCGGGACCGCGAGCGAGAGAAAGACAAGGACAAAGGAAGAGACAAAGACAAGAGCAAAGACAAGGCUGACAAAAAGGGGGACGUCGGGAACAUCAAAGCCAGAUUAGAACAUCUGACUCCAGCAGAGCAGGCGAAGGUUCGGAUGCACAUGGUCUUGCAGGCUGCAGCGAAGACAGACGAGGCGCUGAGAGCCAAACUAGCCAAGAGAGAGGAGGAAGCCCGAAAGAAACAGGAAGAAGAGGGAACUUCUCUGGAGGAGCAAGUGCGAAGGAUAAAGGACCUGGAGGCCAUCGAGAGCGAUUCCUUUGUUCCUCAGGCUUUCAAAUCAUCCCGGGAUGAUAUAAAGACUGAGCCGGUUGAGGUGAAGCAGGAGUCUGAGAGGACGAGUUCUCCGGACGUCACUCUUCCCAUCUCCAUCAUCUACAACGACACCGACUCACUCGCCCAUCCCAGUUUGUUCAUGGACAAAGAGAAGGCCGAGGAGCUGUGGCUGACCAGGCUGGUCUCACUACGGCAGGAGAGGCUGAUGGGAAGCCCGGUGACCUGAAACGCAUCCACAAGGCCAGACAGUCCUUCCUGGUCCAAACCUCAUUAACGCAGCCAAGUGUUCUGUUGUUGUCUUAAACCCUGUCAUACUUCAUCUGGUUUGUUUUUGAACAUCACAACAUUUUUUUUUCCCCCUAAUUUCUACUCAACAGCCUUGUGGGAACUUGAACAAAUGAACAGGUUGUUUUUUUUGUCCUGAUGUUCUUAAUGUUUUUAUUAAAAGGAAGGAGUCGGUUAAUUAAACAAUCUGCUGUCUUUUAUUUGUCUUUAUUUGUUUUUAAUGAACGAAAAUCUCACAGUCAGAUUAGUUGAUCUGUUGCCAUGUGGAAGCAGAAUUAUUAUACAUUUUGUCUUUUGUGAUCAGUUUAGUAAAUAAAGCUGGUGUUGAUGUUUUUGAUUA